AUGUUUGCAGACAUCACAAAGCCGCCAGCCCCGCUUCCCACCUCACAGCUCACCACGCUGAGCAAGGGCAUGCUCUUGCUGCCUCCCCUUUCGCGGCGUGGUCAUGGGCCCGGCCUAAUCAUCCUGCACCGGCAUUCAGAGGAUCCGCUAGCCUUUUAUGACGGCGCGCCGUCACCCUUGCUCAAAUGGGCGGAAGAGGGAUACACCGUUGUCCAACUCGAACCCGCCGCUUUCAACGGCAGGCCAGUCGAGGAUGUACUGCGCGAGGCUAUGGAGGCACUCGACCAGUGUUCAAAAUGCGACCCAAAGGGCAACGUGGGCCUGGUGUCCUACGAGCCCGAUCUCUGGAACCAAGCAGCCUCAGCGCUGGCCCAAGUCCCCCAGAUCAUUGCCGGCGUCGUCUACACCAAUGCAUCCACUCUCGACAGCCUCGCGGCAGUCGAUAUCCCCACAUUGAACCAUGUAGCUGGGCAGGCUGGUCUGUCCGCAGCAUCUACCAAGAAACAGGGUGUCACCCAGUACCAAUAUCCUAAGGUAAAGGGCUAUGGAUUUUCAACACCAGCCAGUGAGCAUUUCCACUACAUCACAGAAUCCAUAUCGCAUACAAGAAGCCUCCAGUUUCUCAAGCCCCUCAUGGGUGGUCCGAAUUUCGACCUGGAAGCAAUCUGGGAAGAACAUACCUACUACGAAUUCGCUGACCGCUCUGUUGAGCACACCAUGAGCACCAUGGUGCAAGAGCCUUAUGUCAACCAUGUUCCCACGCUAACCGGCGGAAUUGGUCGCCAGAAGCUGACAAACUUCUAUCGGCAUAAUUUCAUAUUCAAUAACUCUGCCGAUACCGAGUUGGAGCUCAUUAGCCGCACACUAGGCAUCAACACGGUUGUCGAUGAGUUCAUCUUUAAAUUCACCCAUGAUCGAGAGAUUGACUGGCUCAUCCCCGGAGUCCCUCCCACAGGAAGAAAGGCAGAAGUGCCCUUCACAGCUGUUGUCAACAUCCGCGGGGAUAGACUGUACCAUGAACACAUCUCUUGGGACCAGGGCACUGUCCUGAAACAGCUCGGCUUGAUGCCCGAGUAUCUACCUUUUCCUUACGAUCUACCCGACGCGAAGGAAGGCUCAUUUGAGUAUCGAGUCCCCGUCGCUGGGCCAGAGGCUGCGGUGAAGAUGAGGGACAGGAACGGCGUACCAUCCAACGAAAUGUUCAAGUUUGAGGGAAGAAAAACGGAGGACAAGUAA